UAUUUCUUUGAACAUUUAAUAUGUGGAAUGUUUCUUGCAAUGGGAAAUUUCAUUUAUGUAUUUGAAAAAAGAUAAAAAAAAGAAAUAUUUCGUAAAAAGAAAUCAUAUUUAAAAUCAAAAUUGCCAAAACCUUAAUCUAUAAUAAUAUUUCCUAUAAUUGCAUCAGGAUUUUAUUUAAUGCUAUAUGAAACAAAAAAUGAUAAUACAAAUUGGAUAUUGUAUUAUAUGAAAGUGUUUUAUAGUAUACCAUUAACAAUUUAAUUAAUUUAUGCAAUUUAAAGAUAUUAAACUACAUCAAAAAAGAGUUAUUGUAAUAAUUAUCAUAUUAUUAAUUAGUUUUUGGUUUGGCUGCCUCUAUCAUUUAUGUAAUGUCUGAUUUAUCAUAUUAAUAUAAUCCAUUAAUCCAUAAACUAUUUCAUCGUCUUAGUUUAUAUUUGCAGACUAGAUAAAUCUUUUACCAUAUCAAAUGGUUUUAGAAGAACAGAUACAAAUUUGAAUGA